CGAGGUGCAGCGAUAUUCAUCGUCAGUACAGCAGUUCUCUGCCAUUUCUGUACUAGAUUUUGAGCGUUUAUGGUUAAAACUAAGUUGCUAUCUGUUUUUAAUUCAAUUUUCCCGAAUGCAAUCUAUUUCAAAGUUUUUAACGCAAAGAUAUAAAAUGGAAAACAUCUGUGAACAUAUAAUAGAAUAUAAAUGACAGGUGUGAUUGAUGUCGGGUUUUGUGCAAAUUUAUAACAAUAUUCAAGAAUAGAAAUAAGCAGAAAAAUAAUAUUUUGUUAUAAGUGAGAUUGCAGCAUGGAAAACGAGGAGAUAAAUCGAUUGCGGCAACUGAAGAAGGAACUCUUAGAAAAGGUGAAUCAGUUGAAGGAUUCGUUGAAGCGUCAUGAGGAAAACAGGCAUCAGUCUUCUAGUAAUUUCACUGUUACGCUACCUUCUGAUGAUGAGAAUCAAGAAUCAUCAACGGAAUUAUCCAGCAACUCUAAGGUUAGGCAAUGCAAAACUGCAAGCCACAUAACUGGAAUAACAUUUGAGGAUGUCAGUAAAGACUGGCUUCACGAUAAUAUUUAUAUGUAUAAAGCUACAGUGGUAACGAGAACAAUCACUUUCAACUUGGAAUUGAAAGUAGAUUUCAAGAAUACCAGUAAUUUCAAGAUUGACAAUAUAAUGUGUUAUUUCACUGAUAUCAACAAUUGUUACAUGCUUGAAAUAUCUCCCUGGUGUCAACAGAUUACAAAUAGGAAGAACUUUUCUGUUCUUAUGUCUGCACUUUCUGGUUAUAAUGAAAAUAAUAUUCUUAGAUCUAAAAUUCUACAUAGUUUAGAAUCGAAGAGAUAUGCAAGCAUUGAGCAUAAUGAGGAUGAUGGAGGAAUGCUAGUGCAUGUACAUUCACCUGUGGAUACAAAGAAAAACUAUGUGAUAUUUCAUUGGAUGCUAAAAUUCUUAGAACUAACGUGGCAGAUUGAACACUAUUUCACGGUAAAUCCUACGAAUAUAGGAAUAGAAUUUUCUGAACAGAAUUCUUCUUUAUUGAAAGACUUUUGCGAAAUUACCUUCACAAAAAACAGUCUUAUAAAACUGUGGGAUAAACUAUGCACAGCCGUUGAUACUUAUGCUAAAAGCACAAAAGGUACAUUGUAAAAAUAAUUUUUUGUAUUAAAUAUUUAUAAGAAUAUCAAUAUAGCAAUUAAUUUAUGUAGAAUUUAAG